GUAAUAAAAAUUCCUAAAUCGUGUUGUUGAUGAUUCACUUUCUCCCUUCCUUCGCAUCACAGUUGCUUCACUCCUCGCUUGCUAAUUUACAGUUUUUCGCACUCUUCAGGCUAACAUCACUCAUCACUCCACCCUCAAUCAUACCAAUUUUGCUAUCAAAAUUUACCCUUUUUCUUGGAUCUUCGUCGGAGUUCCGUCUUACAGUCCAGCUCUAAAAAUUCUACUUAUUUUCCGAGUUUCAAUUUCUCUACUACACUACGAUUUCUUCCCAAUGAAGAUCCGCAAAAUUUCAUCUUUUUCCCCCUAAUUUUAGAACCCUAAUUUUCUUUUUCAAAGGGUGAUUAAAAAGGGAAGAUCUCAAUGCAGUGGUACUUCGUAGCUGCUCUUCUCACCAUCCUCACCAGUUCUCAGGGCAUUUUAACUACUUUAUCACAGAGUAAUGGUGGUUACAAGUAUGAUUAUGCAACCGUUCCGUUUCUCGCUGAGGUGUUCAAGCUGGUGGUAUCCAGCAUACUUCUUUGGAGGGAGGUCCGCACUUCACCUUCUUUAAGGAUGACAACUGAUUGGAAAACUGUGCGACUGUUUCCAAUACCAUCUGUUAUAUAUCUGAUUCAUAACAAUGUUCAGUUUGCCACCCUCACAUAUGUGGAUACAUCCACUUACCAGAUCAUGGGCAAUCUCAAGAUUGUUACCACUGGGAUACUGUUUAGGUUAUUUUUAAAGAAAAAGUUGACAAACUUGCAAUGGAUGGCAAUAAUUCUGUUGGCUGUUGGCACAACCACAAGCCAGGUCAAAGGCUGUGGAGCGUCGUCAUGUGACUCACUUCUCUCAGCACCAAUCCAAGGGUAUAUGUUUGGGAUCUUGUCAGCUUGUCUGUCAGCAUUAGCUGGUGUUUAUACUGAGUUCCUCAUGAAGAAAAACAAUGACAGCUUGUAUUGGCAGAAUGUACAACUUUAUACAUUUGGCACUAUCUUCAACUUGGCACGCCUAGUUUUGGAUGAUUUCACAAGUGGUUUUGAAAAGGGGCCAUGGUGGCAACGCCUUUUUGAUGGAUAUAGUAUGGCAACCUGGCUCGUGGUUCUAAACUUAGGGUCUUCUGGGCUACUAGUUUCAUGGAUAAUGAAGUAUGCAGAUAACAUUGUGAAGGUAUAUGCAACUUCAAUGGCAAUGCUACUGACAAUGCUCUUGUCUGCUUACCUGUUCGAAUUUAAGCCAACUUUACAGCUUUUCUUGGGUAUCAUUAUAUGCAUGAUGUCAUUGCACAUGUAUUUCGCUCCUCCAAAUGUGCUUGUGGAGUUACCUGUUAUGGCAAAACCAGAGCAUGCGAAUCUGAAAGAAGUUGCUAUAGAAAGGGUGAAUUCCUGACCUCAUUGGGCCAAAAGAAUAUGCCUUUCUGCAUCUGCACUUUGAAUCAUAGUUUGAGAAGAUAGUGAACAAUUUCCUGAUAAUUCCGGUUUAUGCUCUCCGAGGUGCUGAUUUCCUGAUUAUUCUGGGAAUUGGUGGUGCUGCCUACUUAAGGUUCCGCGGGAGAAAGGACUGGUUGCAAGACCAAGGGAAUAUGUGGUGAGUCAUAUACGAAACUGAACACGACUUUGAAUUAUUUUUUGGAAAGCAAUAUCCUUGUGAAUUGUAAGUAAAUUUUUUAAAUCAUUUUGUAAUUUUGCUUAGUUAUCGUUGAAUAUUAUGUAACCUUUAAAAGGUUAAAUCACCUAUAAGUAUAAUACUUGUAUUAUUUUGUUCACAUAUUCUCUUACUGCAAAUUCUUCAGUCUGGUAAAA